AUGGACAAGGAGGGAAAAUGGCACAAGCAGCUUCUCGGCUCCAUACUCUCCGAGACACACCUGCGUGGCCUGCCCGCUUGCGUCGUGCUCCUUGGCUUCGUGCUUCCCGAGACACACCUGCGCGGCCUGCCCGCAUGCAUCGUGCUCCUCGACUCCAUACUCUCCGAGACACCCCUGCGCGGCCUGCCCGCCUGCGUCGUGCUCCUCGGCUCCAUGACCCCCGAGUCCACCUCUACUCGGCCUGUCCGACUAAGUCGUGCUCCUCGGUUGCAUGUUACUCGGGACCACGCCUACGCGUUCAGCCCACCUGCGCCGUGCUCCUCGGCUGCGUGUUACCCGAGACCACACCUGCGCAGCCUGCCUACCUACGUCGUGCUCCUCGAUUACACGUUGCCCGAGACCACGCCUGCGCGACCUGCCCGCCUGCGCCGUGCUCCCCGGUCGCAUGCUCUCCGAGACCCCGAUCUCUGCUCGGCUUCCCGAUUGAGUUGUGCACCUCGGCCGCAUUUGCGGCCACAUAGAUCACAUUUGGACCGACUUCCCCCGUUCCUAUUUGUCGUAAACCCAAACCCGCACGUACCAAAUAGCCUGUCUCUCUCUCUCUCCGGUCUUUGCACACUGUAUUUGGUCGGUUCCUCCGCCCUCCAACUUGGAGCUGCGAAUUCGAUCUCGCCUUCCUUCGUUUUGCACCCGCGGCGCCCGGAUUCGAGCCGGGCCGUCGAAACCCUAGCGCCCCCCCCCCCUCCGCCCCAAACUUUGGGCGCCGGAGCGGAGGGCGAUGGCGGCGGAACUGGGGCAGCAGACGGUGGAGUUCUCCGCCCUUGUGCGACGAGCCGCGGAGGAUUCCUACCUCGCCCUCAAGGAGCUGGUGGAGCGGUCCCGGGCGCCGGAGGACCAGCGAUCCGACUCCGAGAAGAAGAUAGACCUCCUCAAGUUCAUCGCCAAGACUCAGCAGCGGAUGCUCCGCCUCCAUGUGCUCGCCAAGUGGUGCCAACAGGAAAAGUAGUAGCCAAAUUCUGUGCAAAAUACCUGCACACUCAAAUUCUCAAGUAUGAGCCUCAGUUGGGUGGUGAUUUAUCUGCUUCAGUACAAAAAGCAUUUUUAAGAAUGGAUGAGAUGAUGAAAGGACAGAGAGGAUGGAGGGAAUUAGCUGUACUGGGGGACAAAAUGGACAAGUUCACAGGUUUAAUUGAAGGAUUGAUAUGGUCCCCAAGGGGUGGUUAUUCCAGUGAACAUUUAGAUGAAUGGGCAUAUGAGGAGGGACCACAUUCUGAUUUCUCUGGACCGACAUCUGGAAGCACAGCUUGUGUGGCAGUCAUCAGAAACAACCAACUCAUUGUUGCAAAUGCUGGUGAUUCUCGUUGUGUACUCUCGAGGAAGGGUCGGGCAAUUAGUUUGUCAACAGACCACAAACCAUAUCUUGUUGAGGAGAAGGAAAGGAUCGUAAAAGCAGGUGGUUUUAUUCAAGCAGGACGAAUAAAUGGAAGCUUAAACCUCACUAGAGCAAUUGGUACUUCCUCAGUCGACAUGGAAUUCAAGCAAAAUAAGUUUUUACCUGCUGAGAAGCAAGUUGUGACAUGCAAUCCAGACAUAAACAUUGUGGAGCUAUGCGAUGAUGAUGAAUUUCUCAUUUUAGCAUGUGAUGGAGUCUGGGAUUGCAUGAUAAACCAGCAACUGGUGGAUUUCAUCACUGAGCAUAUAAAAACGGAGAGCUGCCUGUCUGCAGUAUGUGAAAGAGUGUUGGACCGGUGUCUGGCACCAUCCACCAUUAGUGAAGAGGGAUUGGACAACAUGACGAUGAUACUGGUGCAAUUUAAUAAGCCGAUCAGACCUGAUGCUCCUCAUACAUAAAAAUGAUGAUAUGCUGGGUGAGACUGAAGUUCCAAGUGAUCCUUCUAUCCUGCUGUAGAUUUGAAGUGUGUUGUACAUAGCAAUAUAUCCUCUUGAAGGUUGUAGCGUAUACAUUUGGACAAAUCAUCAUAUGGCAGUGAAUUAGUUGCGGGUGAUCCCAAAGUUCCCAUCUUUAACCCGAUAGUUAGUAUCGAAUGUAUAAAGCACUAUUCAUUUGGUUUACGGAGUGCUGAAGAACUAAAUGGUUGACUUUACUCUUCUCAUAUGACAUGAUGACCUAUGGAUAAAAUCGCAUGAUGUGUAUUUUCUUAAA